AGUUGAUUGAUUCUGGAGCCUGUGGUGAAUUAUUAUCCUGAUCAAGAAAAUGACAACUCUCCCAUUGGGCCGUUUACCUUUAUACCACCAGGGGACAGUAAAUCAGCAUUCGAUUCGAUUCUGCCUCAAAGAAGUUGCUUCAUUUUCUUGGUCUUACUCAAAUAUUCAGGAUUUGAGAGAUCAGAAGCGGUUGUGGUUCAGGAGUUAGAGAAGAACUCUCGCACCUGUGGGUUAAAACCAUCUGAGUUGUGGUGGCGGAGAUGUUUUCUGGGAACUUCCUGUGCAGACUGAUCUCAGAGCAGCAGCGGGGCUUGUUGUUGUUUUCUCGGGACUCAUGGUAAGUAGGUCACGGGGAAGCGCAGCUCCGCCUGCCGCUCCUUCGUCUCGUCCGAGUAGCGAUCGGCUCCUUCGUCCUGCAGCGUCUCUGCAGUUUUUACCCUUGUACCUUCGAGCUGGUUGUGAACAACAAGCAGCAGCCGGACUGAUGCUGUUCCUCCAACAUCUGGAAUAAACCUGUUCUGACUGUCGGGUCCUUCUACAACUGAGACAAAGAGUGGCUGCCAUGUCCAGACGAAGCAGGAACAGUCGUGCGUGGAGAUACGUGUGGGGGGGGAUACGGCGGGACGCUGAUGCCCGGGCACUCGUGUUGGCCUCUGAAAGCGAGGAAUGGAGCUAUGGCCGCCUAGAGUUUAGUGACUCCGACUCUGAGACAGACUUUUCAGCAGUGAUGGUCCCUCCAGUCCCCAGCGCAGUGCCGGUCACCGGAGAGUCCUACUGUGGCUGCGACUCCCAGGCUGAGACCAGCUACAACCCUCGUCUGCGCGGGUUUCACCAAGUCAAAGACUGCCACUGUGGAGAGGAUGACCAAGAAUUUGACUGGGGGUGGGACUCGAACAGCCGGUCGACGGCAACAUUACUGAGCUGUGACAAUCGCAAAGUGAACUUCCACUCUGAAUACAGCUGUGGCACAGCUGCGAUCCGCGGCUCCAAGGAGCUGGCUGAAGGACAGCACUUCUGGGAAAUCAAGAUGACAUCUCCAGUGUAUGGAACAGACAUGAUGGUUGGCAUCGGCACUUCUGAUGUCAACCUGGACAAAUACAGACACACCUUCUGCAGCCUGUUGGGAAAAGAUACAGACAGCUGGGGUCUCUCUUACACAGGCUUGUUGCAUCAUAAAGGAGAGAAGAUGAACUUUUCUACACGGUUCGGACAGGGGUCCAUCAUCGGAGUCCACCUGGACACGUGGCAUGGCACACUUACUUUCUUCAAGAAUCGAAAGUGUAUAGGUGUUGCUGCCACAGAGCUCCAAAAUAAGAGGUUUUAUCCGAUGGCGUGCUCCACAGCAGCCAAAAGCAGCAUGAAGGUGAUCAGGUCCUGCUCUGCCCCCACCUCCCUGCUCUACCUUUGCUGCGCUCGCCUUCGCCAGCUGCUGCCAGACUGUAUAGACAACCUGGACGUGUUGCCCCUGCCCCCAGGCCUCCGUCAGUUGCUCCACAAUAAACUGGGUUGGGUGCUCAGUCUCAACAGUGGCGCUGUAGAAGAAACCCCAGACGGGCCUGAGUGCUCCUCGCAAUUGUCUGUCCCUCCCUUGGCCGGACCGUCCUCCUCGGAGAGUGACUCGGAGGGUUGCACGUCCGACCCCGAAGCCUGUCAGAGGAAAAGAUGCCGCUGGACAUGACUGGGCGGCUCGAACCCUACCUCCUCUUAAACACUGGCAGAGGUUACUGCCCUACGGCAUCUAAUCUAGUGUUACUUACCUGCCUCAGGCUUAGCGUGGUAGUGCAGAGAAUAACCAGGCUCGGUGGAGCAGAGAGAGCGGUGUGUAGGCGGUGGCAGUAUUUCUGCCUGCACGUUUUAUUACUGUGAUCUUCUCUCAUGCCAUUCACAUGUCUUCAUGCUCUUCAUGCACUCAGUAUCCAACACCAGCUUCAGUAGUACGUGAAAAGAUGUGGUGUUGUUUUGUUAACUAGCAUAAUGUGUUGCCAUUCACCAGUGGGAAUGAGCGACAUUGUGCAGGAAUGGUUACGCUGAGAACUGUACAACGUGACACUGAAGCAAGAUGAAUCCAAAUUUUUGGUCGUCAUCUUUAUAUAUUUGCAAGAGGGGGGGGGUUAAAAAAUGACAGACAGUAAAAGUAUUUUCUAUGUUUUUAUCCUGUAUGCAAAAAAAUGAUAUUAUUCGCUGUCCAUGCAUUAUCAAAGUUGUCUGUUACCUGUUUCACUGGCAUCUGCAAUUUCUACUUUUCCAAAGUGAGAAUCAGUGGAUUUCUUACCUGCAGGUCACGGCUGUGAAGCUAAAACUUCAACUGUAAAAAAAAAACUAAAGAAAUGAUGAGAGGAGGUGGAAUGAACGCGAGUGCACUUUGCGGCUUUUAGUCAACAAUGAAAUGAUUGUUUCUGUCUGUCUCUUGAUCCCCAAACAACUGACGCACAUCUAAUCGUUCAUCACAUUAUUGGAAAAAACUGUUUAACUAAAUAUUUACUACAUUCAAGUCUCCCUUUGAAAAGUCCUGCUUGUGGUUUACAGAAGCUAUGAAUUUCCACUUUUCUGAAUAAUGUAAGCAGUAAACAUCGUCUCGUGUGUGUCAGUGAAAUGAGACCACCGCACCUUUCAUGUAACUUUUUAUCGCUGUUACAUCUUAUUGUUACUUUAGAACUUUUUAAGGGUAGUUUAUUUGUUUUAAGAUUAUGAGCACUUUUUAGGGUUAAAUGUUUUUAUGCAAUGGUUCUUUUUGUUUUUGUUUUCCCAAAGGCCUUGUUCAAUCCCUGUCCUUAACAACUGCUCUUGAUUCACUAAAGUUGGAUUUAAUGCUACUGUCGUCAUUUCAGUAUCAAACCCUCAGCCCCUCUUGGCCUGAAACGUGACUGUGGAAAGGGGUUAGGUUAACAUCUGCUGCGAUGGGUUUCAAUUAUUACAAGCUUUCAGAGCAGAAAAUGAUUUUCAGUAAUGUCAUAGAAGCUUAUUUCACUGCUUCUGCAGAUAAAAUGAUUCUCAGCUCUUUCUUUAGAUGUUUUUCUGUAUGUCUAACAGUUCUAUGUGGCUCAAAACACAGUUUAAAUAUUGUGCUACUGUCUGGUAACAAUCACAACUAAUUGAAGCUGUGGAUUUCACAGUAUUUUGUCAUAACCGCAACAGAGAGACUGUCGCCUGAGGGAUCUGCAACAUUUCUCCUGAUGUUCUGAUGUCUUGAAAAACAUUUUACUGUCACUUUUGAUGCCUACGGGGGCUAAGUGGGGUUAAAAGGUCAAUUUAAGUCUGAAUUGAUAUUAAAUUAGUGACAAGGGUCAGAUAUAAAGUGUAGUUUUUUUGUCAGAGUACCCAACCAUAACAAUAUACGUAUAAAAAUAGUGUUUGAGUAGUGGUUGAGGCUACACAGUUUGCGGACUGCUGCCUCAGUCUCCUGUCUCUGAUCACAUUUAUUUAGCCUAAGUAGAUGCACACAAACAUUUAUGGUACUAUGCAAUGCAAUUAUCUUCUGUGAUGAGGGUUUCCUGGGGGAAUGGGUUUAUCUGGGUGCCAUGCCUGAGACACUGGUACCAGAGGACCACACUUAUCGGCCAUGAGUAGUGUUACAUUCCAGUUGUGCAAAAUCAGAAAUCCCUCUUUGUAGAUCCAGUGAUGUAACCACACACUGGUUAGUUGUAGUCCAGAAGAUGUAUUUUUUUUUUUUUACUUUUAACUGUAUUUGUCUUCACAUCAAUGCAUCCAAGCACUUUUUCUUACUGUUGUACUGUAAAUAGGAAAAUUCUAAGUGUCUCUUCUAUAACAUGUCAUAUUAACAAUACUGUAUGUGAGGGCCUUUACUGGCCUUUUUCUGUAUACCCCCGAUCAGCAUGAUUUCAGCUGAGAAUAAAAUGAAUGCUUAAUAAACAUAUGCAGAAAGGA